CACACGCCUCGCUUACUUUUUUCUUUACUGAAGUCGAGCUCACGCGCACGCUAAUGGCGAUGCCUCGGGCGACCGUGGUUUCUUCUCCUCCUGCUCCGGUUCCUCUCUGCCGUGCCUCUCCUUCGGUCUCUUGCAUGAGAAACAGAAACCCUCUGUCAAAGCAGUACGCUUCUCUGUCGUGGUCUUCGUCAAUCGCGCUCGUCCCAAUCACCUCUCAGCAGCUCUGCAGAGGGCCCAAACAAAAGGUUGGUGUUGUUCAGGCUGCAUGGACUCGCAGAUCAAAAAGUGAAGCUGCAAACAGACCCAAUAAAAAAUCAUGGAAGCAAAGAACAGACAUGUACAUGCGGCCUUUCUUGCUAAAUGUUUUUUUCUCCAAGAGAUACAUUCAUGCGAAAGUGAUGCAUAGAGGAACGAGCAAAGUUGUCUCUGUAGCAAGCAGUAAUUCUAAGGAUCUCAGGAAUACUUUGCCAUCUCUUGUUGAUGAUGAUGCUUGUAGGACCAUUGGACAACUGAUUGCUGAAAGAUCAAAGGACGCAGAUGUUUUUGCACUGGCUUAUGAACCCAAGAAAAACGAGAGGAUUGAAGGCAAACUUGCAAUUGUGCUGGAUACCAUAAAAGACAAUGGAAUCAUUUUUGUGUAGACUACCUUUGAGUACUUUAAUGGUGUAGCAACAUAUAUAUAUUUGUUCUUUGUUAACUUUGUCUGAUGUACCAAAACAACUUGCAUUUCUGAACAGAUUAUUUCCCA